UAACGCGAUACAAGCCCGUUCGUUCCACGCCUCGUCCCGCGCGCUGCAGCAACAGGAGCAGCCUAAGCAGCAAACGCCAGAGACCGAACCCAAGGCGCAAGAGCCCACUGAAAAGAAAGAGUCCAAGUCUGAAGAAGCAAAGGAGGAGGGCGAGAAGUCAGAGGGUGAGCCCAAGAAGGAAAAGAAGGAGGAUGCGCCGCCUCCACCUCCCCACGGUGACAAGACUCCCUGGCAGGUCUUCAUGGAGACCAUGCAGACCGAGUUCAAGCAGUCUCAGGAAUGGAACGAGUCGACCAAGGCAUUGGCCGCCUCCGCCAACCAGAUCGCAGAGAGCGAGGCCAUUCGCCGUGCACGACAGGCGUACGAAGCCACCUCUGGUACUGUUUCCUCUACGGCUGGCAAGGUUGUCAAGACCACCGCGACUGCCGUCGGCAAGGGUGCUCAGUGGACUUGGGAGACGCCAGUGAUGAAGGGAGUGCGUAAGGGCGCCAACAUCACCGGAGAGGUUCUGGACAAGGCGACGAAGCCUAUCCGCGAGACUGAGGCUUACAAGAACGUGAAGGACGUCAUCGAUGACGGAAGCAGCUCCAGAUAUGGCGGCUGGGCUGAGAAGGAGGAGCGUAGGAAACGCAGAGAGAAGUGGCUGAAGGAGUCAGCUGGCAAAGGCCCUCAGAUCCUUGAGGAGGAUCCCAAUGCCGGAACCAACGUCACUCUCCACAAAGAUGCCGCUUGGAAGGAGGCAUGGAGGGAUUUCCGCGACUCCAACAAGUUCGUCCAGAAUGUUUUCGGCUUGAAGACCGUCUACGAGGAGUCGGAAAACCCCCUCAUCUCCACUGCUAGGAGUAUCACCGACAAGAUCGGCAGUUUCUUCGCCGAAAACGAGACCGCUCAGGUCAUCAAGAAGCUUCGCGAAUUGGACCCCGGCUUCAACAUGGAGAAUUUCCUUAUGGAGUUGCGCGAGUACAUCCUUCCUGAAGUCCUCGAGGCGUACGUCAAGGGCGAUGUUGAAACACUGAAGCUCUGGCUCUCGGAGGCCCAGUACUCCGUCUAUGAGGCUUUGACCAAGCAGUACCUCCAGGCUGGUCUCAAGUCCGACGGACGCAUUCUCGACAUCCGUGGUGUUGAUGUUCUCAAGGCGCGGAUGCUUGAGCCUGGUGACAUUCCUGUUUUCGUCAUCACUUGCAGGACUCAAGAAGUUCACGUUUACAAGAACGCCAAGACUGGAAAGUUGGCGGCCGGUAUGGAGGACAAGGUUCAGCUUGUGACCUACGCCAUUGGCAUUACUCGUAUUCCUGAGGAUGUCAACAACCCCGAGACCAGGGGCUGGAGAUUGAUCGAGAUGCAGAAGAGCGGGCGUGAUUACAUCUAAGCCCGCAUUUUUUCCAACGAGCGUGUCUUUUAAGGUGAAGGAGCACGCUUUUGCCACAUCACCACUCGGCGUCAAGCGCUUGUUUAUGUUCACUACACUAUUAUCGGUUGCGGCAACCAAGAAUAAAUGUAUCAUACCAAAACUGGG